AUGGUCAGCGUCACGCAGCUCUUCCCUCGCAGCGUGGGCGAAGGCGCUACCGAUGGCGUUGUAUACAACGCUCCUUCAUGGGUUUUCCUUCUAGUUGUCGCCAACUUUAUUGUGUUCAGUCCGCUUCUCCUUUAUAUGCUCUACACUCUCGAGUGUGUCUACCCUGCCCUUGCCAUCGUCGAGAAUGAGAACCCUCCCGCCUACGAACCCGUUGCCCUAGACGAGGAUGGCCCCGGUCAUGCUAACGCCGCAGCUGUGGCCAGCGCUGAUGGCAAGCCCAUCACUACUUCUCUUCGUGCCACGGAUCGCCUUAUGGGCGCGACUGGUGGCUUCUUUGCCAGAUUCCGCGGAUUGUUUGUCCUUUGGGUCACCAGUUUCUUCAAUCAAAUCCUUAUCGGUAUCUUCGCUGGUGCGUUGGGCAAGGCAUUCACCCCUCUCGCUACGUUGUUGGCCGCUUUAACCACCGUCCAAUUCUCAACUGCCUGGCUUCACAUUGUCAUCUCUCACCCCAAGGACGUAUCCAACUGGAAGAGACUCCCCUCGUUCAAGCGCGCGUUUGACGCCACAUGGAAGCCUACGGUAAUCUUUUGGGUCGCCUACGAGAUUUCCCGCUGGGUACCGGAGCUACUAUCUGUCAUUCUGAACUACCAAGGUCCUACCCUGGUGGAUGAUGGAGACAAGAUGCCAUACUGGCAGACCCGCCCUGGAGACCUCUGGAAGAGCAUCGUCGUCCUCGUCAUCACCCUUCUCAUCAAUUUGGCUAUUAUCAUCCCUGCCAAGAUUGUGCUUGUUCGCAUCCAAGCUUCGCUGCUUCCUGAGGAUGAUGACCCCAUCGUUCCCUUUGACCGCUCGUUCCAGGGCCAGGUUGAUCCCGCUGUUGUCGACGGUAAGGGCUAUGCCACAUUGGCUGUUGCUUGGUCGAGCGUAACACCAUCCUCAUGGCGCCGCAUCAUCAUCCUUCAGGCCAAGAUCUUUGCGACCAUUCUCGGAAUGAUAUCUCUCAUGUUCUUGAUCAUGAUCCCGCAGAUGUGGUUCAUCAUGGAGAGAGUUGACAAGGACAGCGGCGAACUUUGA